CGCCUUCCGGUCCGCGCUUUGUUGCGAUAGCGAGGGGGCGAGGUUCUGCGGUCCCGGCGCGCCGCGCGGCUGGACGCGGCGGGCGGGGCGGAGGAUGGAGGCGGUAGCGUCCGCUGCGACGGUUGGGGCUGCGCGUGAGAAGGUGGCCGUGUAGGCACCUGGGCUGGGUGGAGGCGGGCGGCGGCCGGGCCAUGGCGGGAGACCGCCUCCGCUGGGCUCCCUGAGGUGCGCUCCCUGAAGUCCUGGGGAGCCGUGGUCCAUGGGCUCCCUGAGCAGCCGAGUGCUACGCCACCCGGGGCGAGCCCGAGCCCAGCAGGAGCCGGGUUCUGGGGCGGGGGGCUCGACCCGCAGGCCGGAGUCUGGCGGCGACGCUGCGGGCCACGGCUUCUGUUACUGCCCAGGCAGCCGCAAGCGCAAGAGGAGCAGUGGGGCCUUCUGCUACUGUCACCCCGACUCCGAGACAGACGAGGAUGAGGAGGAAGGGGACGAGCAGCAGCGACUCUUCAACACCCCGCGCAGGAAAAAAUUAAAGAGUACAUCCAAAUAUAUUUAUCAAACCUUAUUUUUGAAUGGAGAAAAUAGUGACAUUAAGAUAUGUGCUCUAGGAGAAGAGUGGAACUUACACAAAAUAUAUUUAUGUCAAUCUGGCUACUUUUCUAGUAUGUUCAGUGGUUCUUGGAAAGAAUCCAGCAUGAACAUAAUUGAACUGGAGAUUCCUGACCAGAAUAUUGAUAUAGAAGCACUGCAGGUUGCAUUUGGGUCACUGUAUCGAGAUGAUGUCUUAAUUAAGCCCAGUCGAGUUAUUGCCAUUUUAGCAGCAGCUUGUAUGUUGCAGUUGGAUGGUUUAAUACAGCAGUGUGGUGAGACAAUGAAGGAAACAAUUAAUGUGAAAACUGUAUGUGGCUAUUACACAUCAGCAGGGACCUAUGGAUUAGAUUCUGUAAAGAAAAAGUGCCUUGAAUGGCUCCUGAACAAUUUGAUGACUCACCAGAAUGUUGAACUUUUUAAGGAACUCAGUAUAAAUGUCAUGAAACAGCUCAUUGGUUCAUCUAACUUAUUUGUGAUGCAAGUGGAGAUGGAUGUUUACACAGCUCUUAAAAAGUGGAUGUUCCUUCAACUUGUGCCUUCAUGGAAUGGAUCUUUAAAACAGCUUUUGACUGAAACAGAUGUCUGGUUUUCUAAGAGGAGAAAAGAUUUUGAAGGUAUGGCCUUCCUGGAAACUGAGCAGGGAAAACCAUUUGUGUCAGUAUUCAGGCAUUUAAGGUUACAGUAUAUUAUCAGUGAUUUGGCCUCUGCAAGAAUUAUUGAACAAGAUUCUCUAGUACCUUCAGAAUGGCUAUCUUCUGUGUACAAACAGCAGUGGCUUGCUAUGCUUCGGGCAGAACAAGACAGUGAGGUGGGGCCUCAAGAAAUCAAUAAAGAAGAACUAGAGGGAAAUAGCAUGAGGUGUGGUAGAAAGCUUGCCAAAGAUGGUGAGUACUGCUGGCGGUGGACAGGUUUUAACUUCGGCUUUGACCUGCUUGUAACCUACACUAAUCGAUACAUCAUUUUCAAACGUAAUACACUGAAUCAGCCGUGUAGUGGAUCUGUCAGUUUACAACCUCGAAGGAGCAUAGCAUUUCGAUUACGCUUAGCCUCUUUUGAUAGUAGUGGAAAACUAAUCUGUAGUAGAACAACUGGCUAUCAAAUACUUACACUUGAGAAAGAUCAGGAACAAGUAGUGAUGAACUUGGACAGCAGGCUUCUGAUCUUCCCUUUAUACAUCUGCUGUAACUUCCUGUAUAUAUCACCAGAAAAAAGAACUGAAAAUAAUCGUCAUCCAGAAAAUCCCGAAAACUGAGGAUCUUAUCAGUUGGAAACAGUAGCACUUUGAAAACUUUAUCGGCCAGCUUUAAUCUAAUGGCCCUACUGAUAUUCACAUCUAAGGUGACUAACAAUGACAAAGGCCUUAUGAACUGUACAGAUGAUACAGAAGACUUUUCUUAUGCUCAUUACAUUUCUAUGCAUAUAUGAAAAACCAUUUUGAAGCCAAGAAAAUAUCUGUCAAACCAUUUCUGUGAUAAAGAUUUUGACUCAUGCUUUUAAUUUAGCAUCAGUAGAAAAUUGCUGUAGGUAAAUUUCACAUUUCUCUGCAACCCAAUAUAGAUUUAAUUUUUAGUUUAAACUUUGAUCUUACCUGAUGUUAAUGAACCUCAGUUAUCUAUCUGUAAACUUAUUUUUAUUUGGCUAAGACAAUGCUGAAGGAACAACUUGGCCAGUUACAAAUGCUCUUUCAAUUGGUGCAUUUAAAGCUGUCCUUUAAUGUUUUCACCUGCUCUUUAUGAUUUCUCCUCAUAUUCUGAUAAUGCCUCCAAGCUAUGCUUGUUUUUAAUCAUUAAAUACUUUUUUGUGGUUUUGGAGACUAAGCUGGGGAACUUUUUAUUUAAUGUGAGCAUUUUCAUGCUAUUUUAUUUUGCUUUUAAUUUAGCUUUGUUAGGAUUUUUAACAAAAUCAGCUUCAGACUUUCAAAUGAACUUGAAUGGGAGAGAAAAUCCAUUUGAAUCUGAGGAUAUUCCUUUGCCUUAAUGGUCAUUUCUUUGACAUUCUAUACAACUUUAUUCUUAGGUCAUGGAUUAUUUAUGUACCAAAUAUUACACUUUAAACAUUUUCAUUUUCUCUGGUCUUCGGAGUUAUUUAUGUUCAAAUUUUGGUUGGGAAUCCUAUUUCCUACUUAAGCUCAGGACCUUAUAACCUCUGAAUUGAGUGCCUUUGAGUUAUACAUGCUAAUAGAAAUUUCAUGGUAAAUGUAAAUAAAGUCGGAGGAUCUCAUAUAGAAGCUUAUAAUAAAGCAUUAAUGUAAAAAUUGAACUUAUUUUUGUCAAAAAUGAGAUGUAUGGUUGUCAUGAUUUAUAUAUGUUUGCUCCUUGUGUUUACUGCUAUUUUGCAAAUAGCCAUGCACAUCUUCUUUCCAGUCAGAGUAAGUGCUAUUUGUGAUUAAUGUAUAUUUUUAGUAUGUUUUAAAGAAUGGGAAUCAUUUUUAUGUAUCUGUAUAAAUAAAUACCCAUUUGGAAAAAGAAUAAAUAAGUUCUUAUAUAAAAUGGACAAAAAAAUUUAGUUGAAAACAGAAUUUUUUUUUCUUUGUAGUUAGAUUUUUUUCCAAUUAGAUUUAACUUUGGAAUUUGAUAGUUUUCUUCCCCAGUAAUAUGUCCACAGGUUCAUAAAUUGCUUUUGUCCUUUCAAAAUUCAUCCCCUUUGACUUAAAGGAACCUUUUAAAUGCCCCCCUCCCCCUCUCCCUAAGCUGUAGUUUAAAUGUUUCAAAUACAAUAAUGUAGCUAUAUCAAGAGGCUAAUUUUUUUUUAAGUUUAUGUAUUUUGAGAUCACAUGUGCGUGCACUUGCACGAGCUGGGGGAGGGGCAAAGAGGAGAGAGAGAGAGCGAGAGAGAGAGAGAGAGAGAGAGAGAGAGAGUCUCAAGCAGGCUCUGCAUUCUCAGCGCAGAGCCAGACACAGGGCUUGAACUCAUCAUCCGUGAGAUCAUGACCUGGGCCAAAUCAAGAGUCAGAUGCUUAACCAGGUAAGCCAUCUGGCACCCCAAAGGGCUACAUUUCUCAGUUUUAUAUUUGACUAUAAUUAUAUCUUUAGUGAGAUGCUUUUUUUUCUCUUAUUCUAGCACCAGAGGUUCCUUGCUAAAAAAUAUAAGUAAUAAUCUUAAUUUGAAUUAUGUGAUUAAUUGAAUUUUUAGAAAUAUUUGGAGAAAGAAAGUUUGAAUAUAUUAGUAAAAUUAACUAUUUCAUUUUAUAAAUUAACCAAAUUGGAAUUCUGUAUGGUUCUUGUCCAUUGGUUCUUUCCUAGCCAAAUUGCUUACAUCAUCCGCAAACAACAACUACUUCUUCAAUCACAAGUAGGUUGUGUUCUAAUCUGAAAAACUGGUAAUUCUCAACUAGUGGUAGUAAAGAUCUGCUUUUGUUUUUGUUUUCUUAGCAACUUUUCAUUCUUUCCAAUAGGAAUAUUUUCAUUGAACUAUUAAUAGUGUCAGCUGAAGGUAUCAUACAAACCAUUAUAUACAAAAGCUUUUGUGUUUGUCUGCCUUUGCCUUAUAGCCUUUGCCAAGCCUUUUUUUUAAGCUGCCAAGGCCAUAAAACAAUAUUUACCCAUUAAUAAUUAUUAUCUAACUUGGUUGUUAGAAUCGAUUAACUGGAUUAUCAGUAAAGAAGAGGUCUCUAAGAAAAUAUUCUAGAGUCUCAUGCUAAAUUAUUUUUUUAAGUUUAUUUAUUUUGAGAGAGAGAAAGCACGAGCAGGGAAGGGGUAGAGACAGAGAGGGGGAAAGAGAAUCGCAAGCAGGCUUCUCACUGUCAUUGCAGAGCAAGACAGCAGGCUCAAAUCCACGAACAGUGAGAUCCAUGACCUGAGUCAAAAUCAAGAGUCUGCCGCUUAACCAACUGAGCCACCCAGGUGCUCCUCUCAUGCUACAUUAUUAGAGGACUAUAAACAUACCCUUUUUUAAAAAAUGGAUUUGCCUUGGGGCGCCUGGGUGGCUCAGUGGGUUAAGUGUCUGACUUUGGCUCAGGUUGUGAUCUCACAGUUCAUGGGUUCAAGCCCUGCGUCGGGCUCUGUGGGGACAGCUUGGAGCCUGGAGCCUGCUUUGGAUUGUGUGUCUCCUCUCUCUGCCCCUCCCCUGCUCAUGCUCUGUCUCACUCUCAAAAAUAAAUAAAUGUAAUAAAUUU